UCCAAGAAAUCCAUGCUGGGGAUCAGGCGGGAGGUCAGGGCCCUGCUGAAGGGCCUCCGUAGAGGUGUUGUCAUGCACCAAAUUGGGGUGAAGCAGGCCAAAGAGGGCCGCGUCAUCCCCAAGGCGGUGCUCCGUCAAUGCCUCUCGGAGGCCAAGAAACGCAUACCGGAGGUCCUGGAAACAUGGCUCCUGUGAAGUGCCCCUUUUGCCGCAAACCCCGGGCCAACAUGAGGCAACACCUCCGGGUAUCCCAUGGCAUCCUUAACCUCAGGGAAAGGCACCUUUGGGUCAGCUUUUCCCUGAGGAAGGUCACGGAGCCUUUCCGGCCGUGCCCGUUGUGUGGCCGGUCGGUCAAAUACAUCCGGCCACACUUCGCAAACUCCCACAAGGAUCUGUCGGACAAGGAGCUCAAGAGGACUGUCCGGCAUUUCCAGUGGGAGAUCACCAUGGAGAGGCUCCGUGAGCUUGAGGCCAGCAACCCGGAGGUGCCUCUCGUCACACUUGAUGAACCCUCUGACGAUCCUGACACGCAGAAUGAGGUCUGCCCGCCGGUCUGCCCGCCCGUCAUUCCUGCGAGCAGCGACCCUCACACUGGCUUCUCCUUUGAUGCCUUUCUAAUGACCAUUGGAGAUGGGGUCGAGGCCAGUGUGGGGGUCAAUGAAGUGGAGCCAUUUGAAAUGGACAUAGUGUCCAUGAGUUUCAUGGAGAUGCUUGAGGACAAUUCCAUGGAUCCUCUCCAGUGGGGGGAUACGCUCCUAGGGCCGCAGUACCCCUCACUGGAGGAUAUUUAAAAAGUUUUAAUUGUUUUAAGUGUUUAUUAAUGUAUGUUCAAUAAAGUUUUUAUAUGUGUUUUAAUCAUGUGUUUGGUUGUUCCUUUAUAUUUUUAAUUGCAUGGUAAAUAACAUGCAAUAUCAUUGUCACUGAGAACUGGUACGUUUUUAAUUGCAUGGUAAAUAACAUGCAAUAACACUGUUUAACAACUGAGAACUGGUACGUAUUCAAUUGCAUGGUAAAUAACGUGCAAUUUCACUGUUUAACAACGUAAACGGAUGCAUUUCUGAACUGGUUUUUUGUUUUGUUUUUUGGAAAAAUGUUCAAAAUAGGCUCUUUUUGAGUUUGACCUCAAUCGUUUCUGCGUUUGAAAAAAAUGUGAAAAAUGCUAAAGUUUAGGGCUCUUUUUCUCGACCUG